AUGCCAUCUUCCAAGCCCAUCACCCCCCGAAUGAAAGCAGCUCUUCGCGAGUGCUUUCUGUCAGCCACCUGCCUUCUUCCGCUCCGUUUGCGUUCGUCGUUCAUCUUGAUAGGAGGGGCCGCCAGCGUAUUCCAUGGUUCAAAACAUGAGACUCAAGACGUCGACGUGGCGGCCUCCUCCGAAGCCAUUUUACGCUUUUACGACGCAAUCGCGAGCGGCGCCACGCAAUUCAAAUGCGGAGAUCCGUCGCAAACGAUCGAAUUUCACUGUAGCCAAGGCUUCAUCGUCUGCCUUGAGCUCGUCCAACUCAAUGGCGGCUUCGUGGAUUCGAUCGCCGCGUAUGAACCCUUGUAG